AGGCGGCCCAGCAUGGCAGAGAGACCGGAGGACCUGAACCUGCCCAACGCCGUCAUCACCCGCAUCAUCAAGGAGGCGCUUCCUGAUGGAGUCAACAUUUCCAAGGAAGCUCGGAGUGCGAUAUCUCGAGCAGCGAGUGUGUUUGUGCUUUAUGCAACAUCAUGUGCAAAUAACUUUGCCAUGAAGGGGAAGAGGAAAACCCUGAAUGCUGGUGAUGUUCUCUCUGCCAUGGAGGAGAUGGAGUUCCAGCGAUUUGUAGCCCCUCUGAAGGAAUCACUGGAAGUUUACAGGCGCGAACAGAAAGGAAAGAAAGAAGCAAGGAAAGACAAAGACAAGAAGGCAGACUCAGAGGAGCAGGAUAAGAGCCGAGAGGAAGAGAAUGAUGACGAUGAUGAAAGGAUGGAUGAAGAAGAGCAGAAUGAUGAGGAAGAGGUGGACAACUGAGCUCACUGAUGUGUGCAGGCACUGAGUUUUGGUCAAAGGGCUGUAAACACUGUAAAUCAACUCUGCUGUGUCCCCUCUUGCUUCCAGUAGAGCUUUGCUCUGCUCCUCUGCAGCCUCUCCCUUUUGGCUUUAACUUGUACAUAAAGGACUUUGGCUAAAGCUUUGCUUGGACAUGAGGGACUCCUGCUAAAGUUUCUCUGGUGGAAGGACUCCUCCCUGUGCUGGGGGGGCUGAACAAUGACAGGACUGAGCUUUUCACACUGGCUUGGCUCUGAAAUAGAGGACAGAAGAAAUACUUGGAGCAAGAACUUGAGAGACCUGAAUAAGCUCAUUAAAGUAUGUCAGGGGCUGAAGCAAAUAGGUCAUUAACCCUUUGGGGUUUAGAAUCUCCCUGAUGAUGUCAGAGGGCUUGGAAGCUGAAUACUGAAGCUUUUAUCCCUGUGACUUGCUUUAUUUUCCUUCGUUUUCUUGCAUUCUGGCUGUGCCUUUUCCUCCUGCUGUAUCUCUGUCAGAGCUGCUGUGUCUUUCAACCACACUGGUCAUAUGCAGCAACGAGGUUCAACUGCACAAGAGCCAGUGGCCCAUUCACCUCACUCACCCAAACCAAUGAACUUCACAGCGCUUUAUGAUGUAAACCGAGUACUGAAAGUGCUGUUUUUUGUCUUUAAAGCCCUGGGAGACCCAGAGGAAUUCUA